CUAUGCGUUUCACUCCGGAACUUGCUACUGACGGACAGCGCUGUGUACAUGCCCGUCAGGUUGUCCUCUGAGAGCCUUGUUACCGUUUAGUGUGUUUGACUGUGUUAUUUUUGUGCAGCAGUAGAAAAAGAGCAGAUUAACGAUGACUUCCAGAGGGACACCGAGUCGUUUUUUGAGAAGUGUCCUUCAAAAUGGCGUCGGUCGGUACGUUUGCCAGCUAAAACGAAUCUCCAUCGUCUUCUCCAAAAAGGCUCAGAGUUCGCUGGGAGCCAGGGAUUUUAUCGAGGAGGGAGUUGUGGAUUAUGCCAACAAGAACCCUGGAACUGUUGUCUAUGUGUCUCCGCAGCCCUGCAGAGUACCAAAAAUAGUUGCAGAAUACUUAAAUGGCAACGUGAGGGAAGAAACCAUCACGAGCAAAACGUCUCAGCAGAUAUCCGAGCUUUUGACUAAGCUGACCAAUCAGUCCGGUCUGGAAAUCAUCCGCAUUCGCAAACCCUUCCACACAGACAGUCCCAGCAUCCAGGGCCUGUGGCACCCUUUCACCAACCGGCCCCUGUCUAUUGGCCCCAUAAGGCCACAGAAACCAGAUUCUCAAUAAGGACUAACGAAAGAAAAUGUUGAACUUCCAUUUGUAUUUUUUGCAAUUUAAAUUAAAUCACUGGUGAAUAACA